AUGAGGAGCUUCUGGGAAAAUGGUUCCGACGGACCGGAAAGCGCGACCAAAUCUUUCUCGCGGCCAAGUUCGGGUUUGUCCAGUGAGGAAAACUCCAUGAGAUCAACAGUUCCGCCGCAUACUGCAAGAAAGCUUGCGAUGAAAGCCUCAAAAGAUUGGGGGUCGAUUCCAUUGACCUCUGUUUUUCCGUCAGUCUAUUUGCACAGUCCCAACCCACAGACUCCCAUCGAGGAAACCAUGAGAGCUAUGGUUGAACUUCAGGCAGAAGGCAAGAUCAAGCACAUUGGCGUGUCAUCUGUGUCUUCCGCGACCCUCCGGCGCGCAUGCAAGAUUGCCAAUGUCGUGGCCGUCCAAACCGAGUACUGCGUCUUUUCACGCGAUAUCGAGGGCCCAGCAGGCACAAACCUCUUGGCAACCUGUCGAGAACUGGGGGUGGCGCUUGUGGCUUCCUGUCCCCUUGGACGCGGGGUCAUCACGUCCACUUUCAGCAGGGGUGAGCCAGUCGGCGAUAGUGAGGAUAAGAGACGGAAGGCCAUACCCAAGUUUCGAGAAGAGAAUCGCGAGCGCAACGUCAAAGUUGCCAGUCAGUUCGCGGCACUGGCGGAGAAGAAGGGUUGCACCGUAUCUCAGCUGGCACUGGCCUGGCUCUUGAAACAAGGAAACGAUAUUUUUGCCAUUCCAGGAACGAGAAGGGUCAAGUACUUGGAGGUGAACUGGGAUGCUCUGCAGAUUUCAUUGACGGACAAGGAGGAAGCCGAGAUCAGGACUUUUGCAGAGGAGAACGAGAUGGCUGGUGGCCAGGUCCCGGACCAGUUCGUGGACUAUCUCUAUCGCGAUACUGUCGAGGAGAGUUGA